AUGGUUAUGGAAAAAGAAAUCAAACAAAAUACAGAUGACGUCGGCCUGGCAUUGGAAACAAUAAUAAAACAUGUCGGAGAAUUAGGAUUGUAUCAGGGUCUACUCUUCCUGAUUAUGAUGCCCUUUGGUAUGGUGUGGUCGUUCGUUUACUUCGGGCAGAUGUUUAUAACAGCUACACCGCAGGAACAUUGGUGCCGAGUUCCGGAGUUGGAAGGACUUAGUGUGGAUAUGAGGAGGCUACUGUCUAUUCCAAAAACAUCAGAUAACGGAUACGAACAAUGUGCAAUGUUUGAUCGGAAUUGGACGCAAGUAUUAGAAACUUUGUCGCCUCCAGAUCCAGCCACUCCGACCAUUUCUUGUUCGAAAGGUUGGGAUUUCUUGUUUGAGGAUAUACCGUAUUCUACUAUUGUUAAUGAGCGAGAAUGGGUUUGUGAUAACGCUGACUUGGUACCGUGGUCACAAUCUAUUAGUUUCGUGGGGUCUAUUGUCGGUGGAAUUAUAUGUGGAAUUUUGGCCGAUAGAUAUGGACGUUUGCCUGCUCUCAUGCUGGCCAACAUUUUGGGAUGUAUCGGGGGCGUCGCGACUAUAUUUACAAACGAGUUUUGGGACUUUGCCAUAUGCAGGUUUAUUGUGGGAAUGGCGUGCGACAGUUGUUUUUUGAUGAUUUAUAUACUUGUGUUGGAAUACGUGGGUACAAAAUAUCGCUCUUUGGUAGCUAACAUGUCUAUAGCUAUGUAUUUUGGUGGCGGAUGCUUAGUGCUACCCUGGCUUGCUUUGGGGAUAUCCGACUGGAAGAAUUUAUCGUUGGUGAUGGCUUUGCCGAUGCUGUUAGUUCUUACUACACCGUUCGUGGUCCCUGAAAGCACAAGAUGGUUGCUAAGCAAAGGUAAAAUAGAUAAAGCCGUGAAGAUUUUAAGGAAAUUUGAAAGAAUCAAUAAAUCAAAGAUACCAGAAGAUGUUUUGGAGAAAUUUAUUUCUGUAGCGAAUAAAACUCAAGAAAAAGAUGAAGGCAUGCUGAUGAUAUUCAAGACUCCUUCCUUACGAGUGAUGGUGCUAUUCCUGAUAUUUGCGUUCGUUGGCGUGGCGCUGAUGUUCGAUAGCCUCGUUAGACUGUCGGAGAAUCUUGGCCUGGACUUCUUUGUUACCUUCACCGUAACGUCGGCUACAGAAAUACCAUCUAUCAUAAUUCUGGUGCUGUUACUUGACAGGCUAGGUCGUCGAUGGUUCGUCAUGGGUCCCAUGGUACUGUCUGGAGUGCUUUGUUUGAUAACCGCUUUUAUUCCCCGAGGCGUGGCGUCGGUGGCGCUGGCGGUGACGGCGCGCUUCCUCACGAACAUGUCGUACGGCGCGGUGACCCAGUGGGCGCCCGAGCUGCUGCCCACCGCCGCGCGCGCCUCGGGCGCCUCCGCCGUGCACCUCAGCACCUUCGCCGCGCUCGUGCUCUCGCCCUUCAUCAUACACUCGGAUCGCGUAUGGGAGGGUCUGUCGCUGAUCAUAGUGGGGGUGGUGGGGGUGGCGGGCGGUUGCAUGGCACUCGUACUGCCCGAGACGAAGGGUCGUCGCAUGCCGCAGACUAUAGACGACUGGACAAACCUCGCCGCGACCUCCUGCUUCGCUAAGAAACGUGUUGAAGCCGACAAAACCGAAAUCACAUGAUAUUCGGCGAAAUUAAAGCCUAUUUGUAAAUAA